AUGGACCACGUCCUGCAACACCUGCUGGAGACAAGCCUCCAGCAGCACGCUGUGACGCAGCAGCUCGCCGAGAGCCUUCAGGUCGCCACACAGACACUGAUCGCCAUGAGGACUGAGACCCCCGCCGCCUCCGUGCCUCUCCCCGACGCAAGUAGCGAGACCCGCCGCCUACUACCCCCCCUCGGCCCCGAAGAGGACCUCGAGGUGUACUUCGAAGCCUUCGAGACCUACUAUGCCCUCGAGCCGGAGGAGGCCGCGGACUACCUGGCGAUGAAGGAGGGAGUCCUGGCAUGGUGUGGCCGAACCCCUGGCCAGGCUGCUACUGAAUUCCAUCGCUGGGUUUAUCGACCAGGGGCCCGACCACGUUGCCAGAUGAAUGCCCUCAUCCGGACCACCAAACGAUGGCUCCGGCCGGAUCGGCAUACCGCCUCGGAGGUGGCGGAGAAAGAACUCCUAACUGUCCUGGAGCAAACCUUGGCCACCCUGGAGCUCGACCCCGGGGAGCAGCAGCACCUCGAUCGGCCCCCUGGUGCCCCGGGCACCCGGUCCGACCGCCAGACCCGGCCCCGCACCUGGAGGAACCCCCAGAGGGCGCCCACUUGUGAACACCCCCGAGACGAGCCCAUGCCUACAGAGCCGGAGAGGGAAGCCGCCCGGCUGCUUACAAAACCAUGGCUGGCAGGCUGCGCCCUCCAUCAGCAGCAACCGCCGGAGGCGCCCUCUUUGACGGUGUGGGUCAAAGGGAGACCGGUAACCGCCCUGCUGGACACCGGGAGCACGGUGACCCUCGCCCGGCCCUCCAUCCUGCCUGAGGAGCGCCGCCCAAGGGGGAUGCUCACCGUGACCUGUGUCCAUGGGGACACCCGGGAAGUCCCCUCAGCCGAGGUCCAGAUCCGGGGCGAAGCCGGCACCUGGCCCCUCCAGGUCGGAAUCGUCCCCGAACUCCCCGUGCCCCUCCUCCUGGGACGAGACUGGCCAGGACUCCUGGUGGUACCGAGAGCCGAGCCCCGGAGAUUGCGGCGACGUACGAAGGGGACCCCGGCCCGGCCGGCCUACCUGGCCCAGGACAACGGAGAGGCCACCAUGGAAGGUAAGACCCCCCAAGCUACUAACCCUCUGUCAUCUGUCUUUCCCCAGGUGAACCGAGAGGGGAAGUUCGGCCGGGAGCAGAAGGAGGACGACCGGUUGAAGCACUGCUGGGCUCAGGUACGGGUGAUAGAGGGGGUCGACCAGAGUCCAGACCUGAUGCUCCCCACAUCGUACUUCCUCGUCCGAGGGGGGCUCCUCUACCAACGGGCCUGCCGCCGCGGGGAGCAGGUGGACCUACUGGUGGUGCCCCGACCCAAGACGGCCGUCUUAUUGCACCUAGCCCACACCCAUCCACUCGGCGGCCACCUGGGGGCCCGAAAUACCCUGGAGAAGCUGCGGGACUGCUUCGUGUGGCCCGGGAUGGAUGCGGAGGUCCGGGCCUUUUGCCAACAGUGCCCGCAGUGCCAGCGCACGGCCCCACGGAGGCCCCCGCCAGCGCCCCUGAUCCCCCUGCCCAUUAUCGGCGUCCCGUUUGAGCGAGUGGGCAUGGAUCUCGUGGGGCCCCUACCCAAGUCUGCCCGGGGCCAUGAAUACAUCCUGGUCCUCGUCGACUACGCCACGCGGUACCCCGAGGCGGUGCCGCUCCGCAAGGCCACCUCGCAAAACAUCGCCAGGGAGCUGGUACUCCUCUUCAGUCGAGUGGGGAUCCCCAAGGACGUUCUGACCGACCAAGGUACGCCUUUUGUCUCGAAGCUAAUGGCGGAUUUGUGUCGUCUGUUGCAGGUGAAGCACCUCCGGACGUCGGUCUACCACCCCCAAACCGACGGGAUGGUCGAGAGGUUCAAUCAGACCCUCAAGCGGAUGCUGCGCCGGGUGGUGGACGAGGAGGGAAGGAACUGGGACCUCCUCCUCCCCUACGUACUUUUCGCCAUUCGGGAGUGCCCCCAGGCGUCCACGGGCUUCACGCCCUUCGAGCUCCUGUUCGGGCGGCGCCCGCGGGGAUUGUUGGACGUGGCCCGCGAAGCCUGGGAGGAGCAACCAUCCCCCUUCCGCUCCGUCGUCGAGUACGUGCAGGACAUGCAAGCAAGGAUUGACAGGGUGGGCCCCAUCGUCCGGGAGCACAUGCACGCGGCGCAGGAGGAGCAGAAGAAGGUAUACAACCGCCCCGCACAGCCCCGGGAAUUCCAGCCGGGGGACCGGGUCCUCCUGUUAGUGCCCAGCAGCGCCUGCAAGUUCCUCGCCCGGUGGCAAGGUCCAUAUACCGUCCUCGAGCGCCGGGGCCCGGUCAACUACCGCCUGCAGCAGCCCGGUAAGCGGACGGACGAGAAGCUAUACCAUGUAAACCUGCUGAAAAAAUGGGUGGAACCAGCCCCGGUGGUGUCGGCGUUCGCAGCUCAGGACUCGGACCGGGGCAAGGGUACCUUGGUCGGCUUAGGGGAGGACCUCACCCCCGCCCAAAGACAGGAGCUUACCGAGCUGAUCGACCAGUUCGCAGAUGUGUUUUCGGCUACCCCGGGGAUGACCCAGCUGGUCCAGCAUGAAAUCAAGACUCCUCCCGGUGUAGUGGUGAGACAAAGGCCCUACCGUGUCCCCGAGGCUCGGCGCCAGGCCAUCGAGGAGGAAGUCAGUCGCAUGCUGCGGGACCACGUCAUCGAGGAGUCCAGCAGCCCCUGGUCCAGCCCCAUCGUCGUCGUGCCGAAGCCGGAUGGGAGCGUGAGGCUAUGCAACGACUUCCGGAGGCUGAACCAGGUGUCAGAGUUCGACAGCUACCCCCUCCCCAGAGUGGACGACCUGGUCGAGAGGCUGGGGAGAGCCCGAUUCAUAUCGACCCUGGACCUCACCAAAGGCUACUGGCAAGUGGCGCUCGCACCGGAGGCAAGGCCCAAGACGGCCUUUAGCACGGCCACCGGCCACUGGCAGUAUCGGGUUCUCCCUUUUGGGCUGCACGGGGCGCCCGCCACGUUCCAGCGGCUAAUGGACAUCCUCCUGCGGCCCCACCGGCAGUUUGCAGCGGCCUACCUGGACAACGUGGUCAUCCACUCCUCCACCUGGGCCGACCACCUGUUCCACCUCAGGGAGGUCCUGAAAGCACUCCGGGCGGCCGGCCUGACCGCCAACCCAAAGAAGUGCCACCUAGGGCUGACGGAAGCCCAGUACCUGGGAUACUGCAUCGGACGGGGAAUGCUGAAGCCCCAACUAAAGAAGAUCGAGGCUGUGAAGGGCUACCCGCGUCCGACAUCGAAAAAGCAGGUACGUGCCUUCUUGGGAUUGGCGGGCUACUACCGCAGGUUCGUGCCUAAUUUUUCUGCUGUAGCCUCUCCCCUCUCAGACCUUACAAAGAAGGGCCAGCCAGACCAGGUCAGGUGGACAGCCGAUGCAGAAAGGGCCUUCCAGGCCCUAAAAGGAGCCCUCACCAGCGCGCCGGUACUCCGCAACCCGGACUUUGACCUCCCGUUCACCGUGCAUACUGAUGCAUCCAAGACCGGGCUGGGCGCCGUCCUCUCCCAGACCUUCGACGGGGAAGAACACCCGGUCCUCUACAUCAGACGGAAGCUGUCCCCGGCCGAGAGGAAGUAUGCGGCGGUCGAGCGGGAGGCACUGGCGAUAAAAUGGGCCAUCGAGGAGCUGAGAUACUACCUGGCAGGCAGGCACUUCGUCCUCAUAACGGACCACGCCCCCCUGCAGUGGAUGGCCAAGGCGAAGGACACCAACGCCCGGGUAACCCGCUGGUUCCUCGCCUUACAAGACUUCUCCUUUCAGGUUAAGCACCGGGCGGGGGCCCAGCAUGGUAACGCGGAUGGGCUCUCACGACGAGACACCCUCUGGGCCCACCACCGAGCGGCAGUAGGCUCGGAGCUGAGGGGGGGGUACUGUCGCGACGGGCAGAGAGCCGGCGCACACAAGAAGGAAAUCGCUCCUUCUCCAACUGCCGCACCGGCACGACGUGGGCAGCUUCGUGCCGAACAUUCCGCCAGCCGGAAGGACCGCCGCGGCGGGGCGGGACUGACGCGACGCCUGCCAGCGAUUGGCGGACCCAACGGAGAAAUUCCACCACUCAGGCGACGGUGCCAACCAGGACAGGCUGAACACGGCCCACUUGAUGGCGAGGGCUUCUCAUUCCAUUGCAGUGUACUUCUGCUCGGCAGGGGUGAGCUUUCUGCUGAUGUAGAGGACCAACUGCUCCUCCCCAUUGAAGGUCUGGGACAGGAUGGCUCCCAGCCCUGUCUCAGACAUGUCUGUAUGGAUGACCAAGGGAAGGACAAGUCUGAGUUCCUGAGAAUGGGUAGGCUGGUGAGGGCCUGCUUGAGAGCCCGAAACACUCACUCUGCAUCCUCAGUCCAUCGCAGCCAGUCGUACUGGCCCUUCUUGCUGAGGGAUACCCUUUCACUGCUUCAAACUGCUUCUCCUGUGGUUUUAGCAGGCCCUGGCCAAUGCAGUACUUUAGGUACUGAGCCUCUGUCAGCACCAGAUGGCAUUUCUUGGGUUGGCCAUCAGCCCGGCUUUCCGGAGGCUUCCGAGUACCUCCCUGAGGUGAUAAAGGUGGUCAGCCAAGGUCAAGGAGUGGAUUACGACAUUGUCCAAGUAGGUGGCCGCAAACUGGUCUUAAGACGAUGUCCAUCAGGUGCUGGGAGGUUGUUGGUGCCCCGUGUAGGCCGAAGGGGAGGACCUGGUUCUGGCAGUGGCCCCUGGUGGUACUGA